AGAGUGAUUAUUGAUUAAUCAUCUUACUGUUAAUUUGAUUGUCACGUGCCGAGUGAUAACGAAUUUUGUUUCCGUCGAAGAGAGUUUCGAGAAAUAAAAAAAGUAAUACAGCAUUGGUAAUCACUGCGGUUAGUUUCAUCAUUAAUUAAUUAUUUAAUUUUUUUUGUUGAUAUGGUAGCUAUGAGUAUGAGUACAUUUGUACCUUUUACGGGUUCUUGGGUAACAUUUAUUUUAUUGUUGAGUUUACUAGUCGUGUUUUUGUCGUUAUUUAUAAAAAGAACUAAAUUUCUUUAUUCAUUGAGAAAUGUGCCGUCACCAGUGGCCCUGCCAUUAAUUGGAAACGCCGUACAGCUGAAUUGUAGCCUGGAAGAGUUUUUUCGGAAACUCCUCGAGUGGGGUAAACAAUUUGGUGACAUCUAUUUACUGUGGGUUGGACCCAGACCUUUUGUUUUUGUUUACCGGGUUGAAGAUGUCCAGCCAUUAUUGAGUAGCAGUAUUCACAUUGACAAGAGUUUGGAGUAUUCUUAUCUGAAACCCUGGCUUGGUUAUGGCCUUGUCACGAGUACUGGAACCCAUUGGCAAACACUACGAAAAUUACUUACACCCACAUUUCAUAACGAAUUACAGCAACAGUAUUUGAAAUCGGUUGUACGUGAAACGACAACUCUGAUUUCUUCUCUAAAAGCUGAAGCUAACAAUGUGUUUGAUGUUGUACCUUAUGCUAAACGUGCUGCGUUGGAUAUAGUUUGCGAAACGACCAUGGGAUAUCAUCUUAACUCACAAGUUAAUUUUGAAGAUGACUAUGUUUCGUCAGUUGAGAAAAUGACGUCAAUUAUCCAAAUGAGGUUUACAAAUAUUUGGAUGGCUAAUGAUACGAUAUUCAAUUUAACUUCACUCGGCAAAGAACAUGACAAAGCAUUGAAAACAAUUCACAACUUUGUUGACAAUAUAAUAUUGGAACGCAAAAUUCAAUGGAAGACUAAUCGCGAUAGUAAUUUCAAUCAACCGAUUAAUAAUAAAAAAGCUCUACUUGAUCUGCUGCUCGAUUAUACAGAAAAUAAUGUCGGCCUGACGGAUUCGGACAUACGAGAUCAGGUCAACACUUUUAUGUUUGCCGGACAUGAUACUGCUGCGAUGAGUAUUUCUUGGAUUUUGUAUGCAUUGGGGCGCCAUCCAGAGUAUCAGCAAAAAAUAAUCGAUGAGUUCGAAGCAAUUAUUGGCGACAAUGAAUUAACGAUGGACAAUUUAAAUAAAUUAGCAUGGCUGGAAGCGUGCAUCAAAGAAACUUGGCGGCUGUACCCAGUGGCGCCCUUAAUAGCUCGCCAAAUUUAUAAUCCUAUUAAAUUAAUGAAUCAUAACAUACCAGUUGGAUCAACAGUAUUAAUAAACUUAUUCAUGCUUCACCGAGAUCCAAGAUAUUUUCCAAACCCUGAAGCAUACCAACCAAAACGGUUUCUAUCAAAUACUCCAAAACCACCUCCAUUUGCAUACAUUCCAUUCAGUGCAGGAUCACGGAACUGUAUCGGAUGGAAAUUUGCUACUAUGGUAGUCAAAGUAUCUAUUUUGUCGAUACUACGUGCUUACAAAAUUGAAUCCAUGGAUAGUCCGGAUCAACUUCGAUUAAUUUCUUCGAUAGUUCUUAUCAAUAAGUAUGGAAUACGUAUUAAAAUUUCACCGAGACAAAAUGAUAAUACGUCAACCGUGAUAUCUGAAAGUGAUAUUAAAACGAAAGAGGAUUAAAUUUAUUAUUAAAUUACCAUAAGUAUAAUAUUUAUAUUGUUAUUUUAUAAGUAAAUCGGAGUAUUAAUUUUUGUU